AUGGAGGAUCGUCCCGCGGGUGGUGGGCUGCCGCGCGAGGGGUCUGCGGAGGAGGAGGCCGAGCUCCAGGGAGCUGCCUGGAGCGGGGACAGCGGCAACGUGUCCCAGAGCCACAGCAGCGCGUCGGGGCCGUGGGAGGACGAGGGCUCAGAGCUGGGCGCGCCGGGCCGCGAUCUGCCGCUGCUGCGUCGCGCCGCCGCGGGCUACGCAGCCUGCCUGUUGCCGGGAGCCGGGGCGCGGCCCGAGGUCGAGGCCCUGGACGCCAGCCUGGAGGACCUGCUCACCAGAGUGGACGAGUUCGUGGGCAUGCUGGACAUACUGCGCGGCGACUCCUCCCACGUCGUCAGCGAGGGUGUGCCUCGCAUUUACGCGAAGGCCACCGAGAUGCGGCAGGUCUACAGCAAGAUCGACCGGCUCGAGGCCUUCGUGGGGAUGAUCGGCGCCAGCGUGGCCAGGAUGGAGGAGCAGGUGGCCAGGGCGGAGGCCGAGCUGGGCGCUUUCCCCAGCGCCUUCAGGAAACUGCUGCACACGAUCAGCGUGCCCUCCUUCUUCAACAAGGCGCCCUCCAGUAGGCCGCAGCAGAGCGGCUACGAGCCGCCCGUCCUGUUCCGGACCGAAGACCACUUUCCCUGUUGCAGCGAGAGACCCCAGAUCUGAGUCCGCCGGCCGGCACUGCCAGGGGACGCUGUCUGAGGUUACCGCGGGUGCUGAGGCAGCUGGAAGUCCGCUGUAGACAUCCACGGUGUUGGGAGUAUGGCGUGUCUAUCUUUUGCACACUCUUGUUUCUCCCUGUCUGCAUGACUUCACGUAAGGAUGUGUGGUUUUCUGUGUCUUCCAGUGCUAAACUGACGGCUGCAUGGUCGGGGGCGUCGGGGAAGCCAAAUGAAUGAGUUUAUCUGUGCGCUGUGGCAAAACUUGUUUUCAUAGGUUUUACGGCUCAACCAACAGUAUUACCUUUUCCAAGUUUCUAUAUUUUAUACUUUUAAGAAAAACUGCUGAAAUGUUCAAGUUUUGUUGUUAUUCGAUCCUAAUAGCGAUUCCAUUUUCUGUAGCUUUUAGGGUAGAUGGUAAGUUAUUUCAGGUUAUAUUAAACUUUGCACAUCGUGGGUUGUAAACCGAAGGAAAUCAUACAGAUUCUGAGAAGAUGUAUUGAUUUAUUGCAACUAAUUCUGAAGUUGUAUUUGAAAGUAGGCCCUCCGAAUCUUAAUUUGUCCACAGCAAACAUGUCUAUAUGUGGUUCCUAACAUUUGGUUUAUAAUUUAAAUAUUAAUAAAAAUUUUAAAUUUUAUUGGAAAAGCUUUUCUUCUGGAAAGGAUUUUACAUAUUUCCUUUUCCGUUUGUUUGAAAAUAGAUAUAUUGCUCGUGAUUGUAGGGAUAAGGAAAAGUGGCUUGGGAGUACCCCCUUUAGAAUGUGAAAAAUGUGAAAAAGCUUAGCUGCUAUUUCACAGAAUUUUAUGUUUCUUUCCUCUCAAAGUGAAUAGUUAAAUCACAUCUGUGAGUGACUGGUAUUAGGAUUUUGUUCUUUCACCCACAGCAUGGAAUCCUAAAGAUGUUUUGCAGAUACAACAGGCUUUGAUCUUGAUUUGGAUCUUACUCUGUUUUAUUAAUUGGUCCUCCUAGACAGUAAACCUCAAAUAAGCACCCAGCUUAGGUUGCUUUUGUGUCAUUUAU